AUGGAGUGUAUAAGAAUUAGGGAGAUGUUGUGGCAAAGCUUGGCACAAAAUUGGCAUCAUUGUAUUAGUAACAAUUUCGUGUUCAAACUAAUCCACAACAAGAUUGAGCAAAUGAAGAAUUCAGAGGACACAAUGCAGAUGAAGAGAGAAGACAUUCUAUCAAGGUUUCUGCAAGUGACAGAAACUGAUCCAACAUACUUAAGAGAUAUAAUUCUUCACUUCAUCAUAGUUGGAAAAGACACAACAGCAAUCACAAUUGCUUGGUUUAUUUACAUGGUCUGCAAGCAUCCUGCUGUGCAGUCGAAAAUUGCAAAAGAAGUGAAGGAACCCACUGCAUGUCUUUUCUUCAUUAUUUCCUCUUUAAGACCAACAUGUACCAUGUUUUCCCAAAUGUCUGAGAGCAGCUUCCUAGUAGGUUCCCACUUAUUUGACAUGAUUCCCUCAAAUGUAAUUCUAAACCUUAAAUUUCCUUGCUUACAGGAUGCAGAGAUAUGCUUUUCUGAUGAUACUCUACCAGAUGGAUACAGUGUGAACAAAGGAGAUAUAGUGGCUUACCAACCUUAUGCAAUGGGUAGGAUGAAAUUCAUAUGGGGUGAUGAAACUGAGGAAUUCAGACCAGAGAGAUGGCUCAAUGAAGAAGGAAUAUUCCAGCCCGAGAGCCCUUUCAAGUUCACAGCCUUCCAGGCGGGGCCACAAAUUUGUGUAGGAAAAGAGUUUGCCUAUAGGCAAAUGAAGAUCUUUUCGGCUGUCCUGUUAGGCUGUUUCGAGUUCAAAGUGGCUAACGAAAAUAGAACUGUCAAUUACAGAACAAUAAUUAAUCUUCACAUAGAUGGAGGUCUCGAAAUUGGAGCCUUCCACAAGUGUGGAAAGUAG